AUGGAAAAAUGCAGCAUAAGGCAUAAUAUAAUGGGAAACAAGGCAGUGCAUUCAAUAAACGGCUAUAAUGGGGGAAGAGGAGAAUACUAUGUUGUUAGAAAGGCUCCGAAAUUCACCAAAACUACUAUGUUCCCUCCGGGUUUGAAAGUGAGCAGUGAAAGUGACCAAGCGAGCGAACACUGUCAAUCUGUUUCCAAGACAAACUUUUCGAAGAAGAAUUUAGAAGUUUGCUUGACGGAACUUAAACCUCAGUCUUCAAAUGCUUGUGAUUUGCAAGCUGGGCCACACUUUAAAGAACGGGAAGAUUUUGCCUGCAUCUCAGACGGUUUUGAGACGAACAGCGUUUCCUCCAACAUAGAGCUGGUCUCAGACUUCCAAAAAGACGAUAAGGCGUCUAUCAACACAACUCUGGGAAGAUAUGUAGAAGAUGCGGUCAUAAGUAGCGACAAUUAUGCGAUCACGCCUAAGCCUGAACUGGAGGUGAGUGAACAGUUGUCCCAGUCCAAAAGACAGUCACUUUCACCUUUGCAAGUUGUACAAUCUGGCGUAACCAAGUCCCGUCCCAUUUCAAGGCGUCAUUCGAGGGAUUCCGCCCCCGUCAAACAGCCUACCGUUGAGCACAAUCAAUCGCCGUCGAAGGAGGGUUUUCACAGAGAGAGCCGUCGCUCUGCGCCGGUCCGGCAUCUGCUGAAAACGGUGACGGCUCGUCUACCAAGUCCAUACAGCAGCAAUAGCCUCAGUCUUUCCGUAGGCGAGGGCGUGUCGGACGACUCUAAGGGGCCUAAAGACAUGGUUUCUUCGUGUAUCAAGGCCGAGAUGCAUCGAUUGUCUGUCGUCAAUCGGAAGUUGAAGAAGGCUCUGUCCACAGCACAGCAGGAACACACCCAACUGGUUAGACAGGUCUCUGUAGCCGCCCACGAUGGUGAAGCGCUGACUAAUCAAAAUGAAGCAUACGUCCAGGACUGCCUGAGUCUGGCGGAAAUGCAGGCGGAGCUGGCCAGGCUGACGGAGCGAGAAAACAGCGCCAAGGCUAAUCUGGAGUCGCGUCGACAGGUCAAUUCACAACUGGCCCGUGAGGAAAGCCACUGGAAGGCGGUACAACGAACUCUUUGGCGUCAACGACGCGUUUGUGUGCUCGAGGCCGAGCGCUCACUGGAACGCCUUCGUAGGGCUGAGCGUCAGUGCUCCCAGUUGGCUGUGUACGCCGAGAUACCGGCCAGCCAGCUUCGUCUGCUGAUGCUUAACUUUCAGGCCUAUUACGGUCGGUUGCGUGUGUUCGCCAGCCUCAGGCCGACGCCGGAGACGUCAUGUCUGGCUUUCCGGUCUCCGCGUCACCUCGGCUUUCAGCUGCCGGCCAACGAGAGCCUAGAACACAUCGUACGGCAGGAUCCCCUGUUGGCUAGAGCCGCGUCUUUGUCGCCUGGAGACUCAGGCCCCUUGAACGCAUCGAGCCGGUGCUCGGGGCCCUGGCUUCGGCUCUCCUGUGAGGUGGCCCAGGUGAUGCCACCGUCAGGUGACAGCUAUGCCGCGGGCUUGUUUUUCGAGAUCGAGGCCCUGCUCGACACGGUUGUGGAAGGAUUCAACGCCUGCUUCGUGGCUCUGGGGCCAGUCGGCACGGGGAAGACGACCGCUUUGUUCGGUGUCGAGGAGGGCGAAGAAGCCGCUUAUCUACCUGUCUCGCCGGCACCCUCUUCGCUUCACAUGUCAGUCAAUCCUGCCCACAUGCAGUCGUCUCUAUUGCCGGCUUCAGCGAUGAGUGCCAAGGUGCUGCGCUCCAUUCCCUCGAUGAAUGUCACCAGUCAAGAGGCGAAUCGACUGGGUCUGGUUGGCCUGACGCUGGAUCAACUUACCGAGUUGGUACGGCAUCGGCAGACUCAGCGCGACUGGACCGACUGCCAAAGCGUCGGCUCGCAGACGGCAAACUCACUGGGUCCUUGUAUCUUGGCCUCGCUGGUAGAAGUGGAGCUGGACAACUGGGAGGGACCUGUGGUUGAUCUUCUGGCCGACCGUUUUGUAGACAUGUCCGUCCAACAGGACUGGUUGGAGGGACUGGCCAGUCGGCCGAUCUACUGUCAAGAGGAUGUGCUCGCUUUUCUGCGGCUCAUCCAGACAGCGCGUAGGCGCCUGAUUUCGUCAAAUCGCAUCAAAGCGGUGAAAAAACCGCCCAUUUCGACAGGAAGCCCGGACAAAAUGAGAUUGGCCUGUCGGCAUUUGGUUGUCAUCAUUCGUGUACAGCCGCAGGGCUUUGCUCAGUCGGCAAAAAUGCUCAGCGAAGAGACCUCCUACGAGAUGGGCCCGAUCGCAUCUGCAGACCAACCACCUUGCCGGUCAGUCAGAGACAGUUUUGCCCUAGACAGCAUGCAUCAAACUGCCAACUCUUCAACCUCAAUAUCUUCACCCGACUCUGCUUUCACAGCUUCCUCUCACCAUCCCGUCGUCACGGCCGCCGGUCAGGCCUACCCACUCCAUCCGACCGGCAGCUUAGCCACUUCCGGCAUUCUGAUGUUCGUCGACAUGGUCGGCCUUGAACCAGUCGAAUUUCGUACUCCCAUCCUCGAGUUGGCCGCUUCAUUGCACAAUCGCCCCAGCUGUGGCGUCACGCUUGAGCCAGAAGAGGCCUUGCGCGAAUUGCCACAGCAACAGGGUUUGAUACGUUGUCGCAACAGUUCACGAACUGCACUCAAGGCCUGGCACGACGCCAUCAGUCUGAUCAGCGCACUCGGAGAGCCAUGCAGUCGAACCGAUCUGACGGCCAAGCCGACUGGCUCCAGACUCCUCGAGGUGUUGCAGCCCUGCUUGCGCUUUAUCGGCUCCGAGCCUGUCAUGCAUCGUCCGCCCUGCUGCCUCUCCUUCCAUCUGCCCUGUGCUCAGGCUGACGGACUCACAAUCCUGCAGACAUUACGCCUCCUUCUCUUCGCUGUCCACCGUCAACGACACCUCACUGAUCGAGCCAUCGGCACCGGUCGCUGUUCCGGUCAGUGGGCCAGCUCUGUCGGGCGUUGCCUCAGCGACCAUCCAAAACAGAGGCCGGUACCAAAACGACAACCCGAUAUCGUUCAGCCAGUUGACCUCAUCAGCCUGUCUUCAAAGUCGCCUCUCUCCAUUCGCAGAACCAAAACCCUGGCGCCAUCUCACCAACAAACUGGUUGA